CUAUGUAUAUAUAUAUACAUAGAAAAAACACAUGUGCAUAGAAGAAGAAAGAAAACAAAAAAAAAAAAUGGCAAAUUUUGUUUUGCAGGUUCCAAUUACGUUGAGGAGUUUCACAGUGUCUGCAUCAUCCAACUCCAACGGGGCUCCUCCUGGUGGCUCUGGAAGUGGUUGUGGUGGUGGUGGGGGUCCAGUACUUCUGGAGCUUCCUCUGGAUAAGAUUAGAAGGCCUUUGAUGAGGACAAGAGCAAAUGAUCAGAAAAAAGUUGAGGAAUUAAUGGAUAGUAUUGCUGAAAUUGGUCUGCAAGUGCCUAUUGACGUCCUUGAGGUCGAUGGGGUCUACUAUGGUUUCUCUGGCUGUCACCGCUACGAGGCUCACCAGCGCCUUGGACUCCCCACCAUCCGUUGCAAAAUUCGCCGUGGUACAAAAGAGACUCUAAGGCAUCAUUUGCGCUGAAAAAUAUCUAUACUUUUAUCUCUCAAACUAGUGGUUCAGUUCCAAGUAAUGACAGAAGUCUCUUGCUUCACAUAUACAGUGAUUCCUGUCGAUAAUGUACUGUGCUAUAGUUGUAUACAUACAUACAUGAAGAUGAAAAUGUUUCCUUUUAAUGACCUAGAGGACAAUGCUCCUAAUCUAAUUUUAUUGUCCAAGUAAUAUGUUGUAUA